CUUGAGGCCAUGGUUCGUCGACCAGUGGACCUUGGGCCAACGAAGCAGAUAGGCUCGUUUGUUUUGGGAUUAUGACGAGGGAUGUGGGUGUAGGUGUGAUGGGUAUGGCCUUACGAUCUGCUACGGCAGCGUUCUAUUGCUGUGAUGGAUCAGCCUUAACUAGGGCAUUGGUCGGAACGUGCGUGAGAUUGUUGGAGAUCGAUCAGGAGGAGGAACAUAACCUUUAAAGACACAGUGCUGCCACCAUGAGCAGUUUCCCAGGCCUGAUUGAGGGCUACCCUGAGGUGGCUGUGGACCUCUUCAUGGGCAAGUGCUUGGAGGCAAGCUUCUUCUUCCUCAGCCACCUGCACACAGACCACAUGAGGGGCCUGCGGUCGCGGGCGUUGCAGGAGGCGCUGAAGGCGCUGCCCGAGCCGCGGCUCUUCUGCUCGCGCCAGUCUGCGGCGCUGCUGGCCUCGUGGCGCGACUUCGGCCAGCUGCGGCCGUAUCUCUGCCCGCUGGAGGUGGGUGAGCCGCGCCAGCUGACCGACCGGCUGCUGGUGACGCUACUGCCGGCCGGCCACUGUCCUGGCUCAGUCAUGCUGCUGUUCGAGGCCGGCGGCGGCACGGUGCUCUACACGGGCGACUUUCGGAUGGGCGCCGCCGAGCUGCGCGGCCUGGCGCCGCUGCACGACGCCGCCGGCCGGCCCAAGCAGCUCGACCUGCUGUACGUUGACACGACCUUCUGCACGCCGGGCCGCCGUGACCUGCCCGACCGUCAGCGCAGCGCCGACCGCGUGGUGCAACUGGUGUGCGAAUGGCUGGCGCGCGACCCACGCCACCGUGCCAACCUCGUCUGCCACGCGCGCUACGGCUACGAGCACGUGUUCAGCCGCCUGCGCGAGGCCACCGGCCAGCCGGUGCACGUGAGCCCGGAUAAGCUCGCACUGUACGAGCGCCUGCCGGAGAUCGCGGCGUGCCUGACGCCGCGCCCACAUGAGACACGCGUGCACUCGUGCCCGCCCUACUCCUCCUGCCUGCUCGAGGUCGGCGAGGGCUCGCUGCGUACCGUCAAGCUCUCCACCCUCUACUUCUUUAUCGACCAGUCGGUAGACACCAUGGUGCUGCAGGUGGGCGCCGCGCAGGACUACCGCGUGCUCUACUCGUUCCACGCGUCGCUGCGUCAGGUGGAGGAGAUGGUGCGCUACCUGCGGCCGGCGCGCGUGGUGCCCUGCGUCGAGCCCGUCGGCGGCAGCAUACGUUUCCGUGGGCCGCGCGGCGCCGGUCCAUUUGCCAGUAUAGAUGGCAGUCGCUAA